AUGACGUGUACCGGCGGUGGCGACUUCGGCGACAAGCACUACUCACGGCAGAGCUGCGAGCUCUACGCGCUGCUGCUCGCCAUCGUCUCCCCCGCGUCACUAUGGCAUCUAGUGUCUAUGGCGCCGGCCGUGACAGCGUCCAUGCUCCUCGGUGCGUCGGUGGCGCUCAUGCUAUGCGGCUCCAUCACCUUUACCAUUGGCCUCCUCAUGCCCUGGGUCACCAGCAUCACGCUCCUCUUUGGCUUCGUCGGCACCGUCAACACUCUCUCCUCUCCACCUACUCCUUUGAGGUUGUUCCUCUACAACAACACCAAGCAGCCCCCACCGUGGGCCUUUGCAAGCACAGAUCCAUAUAGGGAUAGAAUUUGUGGAUGGGUUGGGAGGCAGAGUGGAGAAGGCCACUAG